AGUGUCUGCGCGAUCCGCGACGUCGCGACGCGUCCACAAUGGCGACUGCGUUAGCAUGAGCGGGCCUCCGUUGUCAAGCGGUUUCCAGACGUUGCGGCGGGAGCCGCAGUCGUCUUAGACCCGGCCGGCGGGGAGCACAGAGCACCUUGUGCUCGCUCCCGCCGCGUUGUGGAUCGAGCGGCGGUGUCAAGACCCAGCGGGGCGAGCCAGCGUCAGUUCGGCCUCUUCGCUCUCCCGGACCCUGCCACUGGGCUAAGUCGGCAACAUGAGCUGCAACAACUUGGAUGAGAACGACGAGUUUGAUGAGCAGUUGCGAAUGCAAGAAUUGUACGGAGGCACUGAGGACGGCGACACCGAGAAAGAUCCCGGUGGAGAAAACGAUUCUUUCCGGCAGCAGUCGACUGACACCCCAUACGAGUGGGACCUGGACAAGAAGGCUUGGUUCCCCAAGAUCACUGAAGAUUUUAUUGCUACAUAUCAGGCCAAUUAUGGCUUUCCUAACGAUGGUGCGUCUAGUUCUACUGCGAAUGUCCAAGAUGUCAGUGCUAGGACUGCAGAAGAACCUCCGCAAAGAAAAUCCCCCGAACCCAGUGAUACCAAAAAGAGGGGAGAAAAGAGAAAGGGUGAAUCAGGAUGGUUUCAUGUUGAAGAGGACAGAAACACAAAUGUGUAUGUGUCUGGUUUGCCUCCAGAUAUUACAGUGGAUGAAUUUAUACAGCUCAUGUCCAAGUUUGGCAUUAUUAUGAGAGAUCCUCACACAGAAGAAUUUAAGGUCAAGCUUUACAAAGAUAAUCAAGGAAAUCUUAAAGGAGAUGGACUUUGCUGUUAUUUGAAGAGAGAAUCUGUGGAUCUUGCAUUAAAACUUUUGGAUGACGAUGAAAUUAGAGGCUACAAAUUACAUGUGGAGGUGGCAAAGUUUCAACUGAAGGGGGAGUACGACGCCUCAAAGAAGAGGAAGAAGUGCAAAGACUACAAGAAAAAGCUGUCUAUGCAACAAAAGCAGUUGGAUUGGAGACCUGAGAGAAGAGCUGGCCCGUCCCGAAUGCGCCACGAGCGAGUUGUCAUCAUCAGAAAUAUGUUUCAUCCUAUGGAUUUUGAGGAUGAUCCACUGGUGCUGAACGAGAUCAGAGAAGACCUGCGGGUGGAAUGUUCAAAGUUUGGACAAGUUAGGAAGCUCCUUCUCUUUGAUAGACACCCUGAUGGUGUGGCCUCUGUGUCCUUUAGGGAUCCGGAGGAAGCUGAUUAUUGUAUUCAGACCCUCAAUGGAAGGUGGUUUGGUGGCCGUCAAAUCACUGCCCAAGCGUGGGAUGGGACUACAGAUUAUCAGGUGGAGGAGACCACGAGAGAAAGGGAGGAAAGGCUGAGAGGAUGGGAGGUUUUCCUCAACACUCCCGAAGCCAACAGAGGCCUUCAGCGUUCAGAUUCCGUCUGGGCUCCAGAAAGGGCGGGGCCUUCUAGAGUUAGGCAUUUUUCAGAGCACCCUUGCACAUCUCAAACGAAUGUUCAAGAAGCCGCAACUGAAAUGGCAUUUGAAGAACCUAUAGAUGAAAAGAAGUUUGAAAAAACAGAAGAUGGGGGAGAAGUUGAAGAAGCUGCUUCUGAAAAAGAUGCUAAAGAAAGUGGCCCUGAAAAGGAGGCUGAAGAAGGCUGUCCCCAGAAAGAAUCUGAAGAGAGCUGCCUCGAAAGAGAGUUUGAGGAAGGCUGUCCCAAAAGAGAGCGUGAAGAAGACCUCCCCGACAGAGAGUCCGGAGAACGCAGCCCCAAGAAAGAGCAUGAAGAGGGUAGUCCUAAAGAAGAGUCGAAAGAGAAUGGCGCAGAAAGAGAGUCCAAAAAGAAGAGACUCAAAACAGAUCCUGAUGAGAACGGCCUUGAGCAGGAGCCUGAGGAGGAGGCCAGCCCCCAGAAGGCAGCUGAAGAUGGCAGCUCAGAACAAGGGUCUGAAGAGUGCUCGGAAAAGCAGUUUGAAGACGACUCUGAAAAAGAGUUAGAAGAAAACGGCCUUGAGAAAGGUUUUGAGGACGAGGGCUCUGAGAAGGAAUUUAAUGAAAACGUUCUUGAAAAAGAGAUAGGGGAAAAUGACUCUGAAAAAUCAGAAUUCGAAGAUGACAGCUCUGGGAAAGUGUUUGAUGAAGAAGGCUCUGAGAAGGAGUUUGACGAAGAGUCAGAUGAGAAGGAAGAAGAGGAAGAUGUGUAUGAAAAAGUAUUUGACGAUGAGUCGGAUGAAAAAGAGGACGAAGAAGAUGCAGAAGAAAAGGGUCUGGAAGACGCGGAUGAAAAGGACGAAGAAGACGAUGCAGAUGAAAAGGUGUUUGAAGAUUCAGAUGGAAAAGAAGAUGAGGAAGAUGUAGAUGGAAAGGAAAUUGAAGCCAUAGAUGAAAAGAUGUUCGAAGAUGACGAUUCCAACGAGAAGUUGUUUGAUGACGAUGCCAGUGACAAGUUGUUUGAAGAUUCCGAUGAGAGAGGGACUGUGGGUGAUUUAGGGAAUGUUAAGGAGGAAGGGCCCCUGUCCACAGGCAGCAGCUUUGUCCUCAGUAGUGAUGACGACGAUGAAGACGAUGAUGAUGACGUUUAAUCCCUUAAACUUGCUUUGGAGGGUGAUUCCUCCAUCUCCAUUUUGCCUCUGCUCCAGGGUAAUUAACCAGUAGUGUUACAACGUGUGCAUAGAGGUAGGAUGCCCUCAGAUCAAUGCAGUGAAAUGUGUCUGGUUAUCUGUACUGACCGAUUUUAAAUAUAUGUGAACAAGUCAA